AGUAGCAGUAGCAGCAGGUCUGUGGAGGUUACAGGUCUGUGGACGGACCGGGACUCGACUCACACCCAGGGCCGCGGAAAGCCUCGGGAAGGCCCGAGGUCGGUGACACGAACAUGGGGAACGCGGAGAGCGGCUGCGGCGGAGGCAGCGGCGACGAGGACGACGUGGAGACGGAGAGUCCCGGCUUCGCGGAAGACAGUCCGGCCUCUGCGGCCACUGGCUUCGGUGUCGGAGGCGGAGGAGGAGGCGCCGGUUCGGCCAGAAGCGGAAGGGGAUCCGGCAGCCUGCCUGUCCCCACCGGCGGACCCCCCAGCCCCGGGGUCCUCCUGGAGCAGGUCAAACUGAGGGAAGCCGCCGCUCGGAUCAGCGACUCGGGGGUCGCCAUCCAGGAGUCGGUCCUGGCCGGGAAUGAAGGGGUCCUGGUCCGGUGGCUGGAGGACCGGCUGAACCGGGGAGAGGAGUCCGUCAAUGUGGAGCAGUUCUGCGAGAUGUUGGAGAGCAGAGAUGCCCCCAGAGAUGAGUGUGAAGAGGCCUUUGGUCAGUUCGAUGCAGAGGGGGACGGUGUGGUGGACGUUGAGAGCAUGUUGAUCGCACUGAAGAACUCCAAUGGAGCCAAUCUACAGGGAGAACUGAGUCAUGUGAUCAGACAGUUACAAGCGUGUUCACUAACUCCGGGUUUUGUCGACAUAUUCUCCAAGACCAAAGACCGGUUAGGGGCCCACGCCUCCAAGAUCCUUAAAUUCUUGCACAGGAAUCGUAUUCCCAGCAGUGCCAUCCCCUUCCCUCUGUUAGAGGGCUACAACAGUAUCUGCACCAUGAGGUCCAGUGUGGUCCAGGACUUUCUGGAGUUCUUACUGCAGAAGGAGAAAGAUUUAGAUAUCCAGUACAGAGCAGAACUGAACCGGGACCCAGACGUGGACAAGGUCAAGGUGGUCACCCAGUGUUACAGCACUAUCGAGGCUUCGUCCAACGUCGCAGACAUUUAUAAGAUGACCAACGGAGAAACAGCGUCUUUCUGGCAGUCGGACGGAAGCGCACGCUCACACUGGAUAAGAUUAAAGAUGAAACCAGACGUGGUGUUGCGCCGUCUGGCCAUCGCCGUGGCAUCCAACGACCACAGCUACAUGCCUCAGCUGGUGUCCGUGUCCGUGGGGAAGAACCGGCGUUCGUUACAGGAGAUCAGAGACAUCCGCAUCCCCAGUAACGUGACGGGCUAUGUGGCGCUGUUGGAGAACGCCAACAUCACACACCCCUAUGUCCAAAUUAACAUCAAACGCUGUCUGAGCGACGGAUGCGACACACGGAUCCACGGCCUGAAGACGCUGGGUUAUCAGAUCACCAAGAGUAAGGAGGUGUCUGUGUCAGACGCCUCGGCCAUCUGGUACCUGUCCCUGCUCACCUCCCUGGUCACCGCCUCCAUGGAGGCCAACCCGGCGCUGGCUCAGACGGUCCUGCACAGCACACAAAAAACCUUACGUCACAUGCCGCCGCUGUCCCUGACGCCGUCGUCCACAGAUUUCCCAAAGUUCUUCUCGUUGAACAUCCUGGAGGAGGUGGAUGGAUUUCUCCUGAGGAUCGCAGAUUACUGUGUGAGUCCGGAUGCUGAGCUGACCCUCCUGGCCUUCGCUCUGGCUCGGGGCAGUGUGGCCAAAGUGCUCCAGGCCUUGUCCUGCAUCAGUGACCAUCUGGACACCGAGUACAAGGCGUCGUCCCUCAUCGUCUCUAUGGCCUCAGUCAGACUUCGACUGCUCUAUCGUAACGGUAAACCCCUCCAGUUACAUCUCCAGGCCUGUGAUGUGAAGAGUAAAGAGGAGAAGUCAGGUCCAGAUAAUAUGCUGACAGAGUCAUCUACAGGAGACGGUUUUCUCACAGAAAGUGGGAAGAAGAAAGCCAGUGUGAUCCUGUCGACAGAAGACCAGAGCAACUUCCAGGUCACACAGAUGAAAAUCAAAGUGCGAAAAGGUCCAAUUGGAGCCAAAUGUGGUUUGGUGUUUGCGUAUAAGGAGGACGACCCGUUUGAUGCAGAAAAACAUUUCAAGAGGUUUAAAAAGUACGACUCCUGGGAUUACAAGGACUACAAAGAGUUUGUCCAGAACAAUGUGAGGAUUCCAGCGCAGUCGGAGGACGAGCCCAUUGGCUGGUUCGAGCUGGAGGAUGACUGGAAUGAUGUGGAGAUCAAGCUGCAGCAGUGUCGAGUUGCAAAGUUCCUGAUGGUGAAAUUCCUGUGCACCAGGCAGGACACGGCCGAACGCCUCGGAGUCCAGUCCCUCAGUUUCAGUGGAUACCUGUGUCCUGGGUCUGAGAGACUGGGAGACCUGGACCACCUCAGUCCAGAAGGGGACAGCUUUGACCACGAUGCCGUCCCUGGACUGUGUCUGCUGAACAAGACGCUGUUUUUUAUCCAACAGCUCACACGCAACGUGGAUGCCUCCCACUUCAAACAGAAGUAUCUUCUGGACUUCACUGGUCUGAGCUUGAACGUCUUCUGGGAUUUCUACAGUAAACUCAGGGAGAUUGAGGGAGACGAGGUGAUGAAGAGCAGAGUUCUGCUGCUUCAGCUGAUGCAGAACUGUUUCCCGAUGCUGCCCAAUCCACUGGAGCCCAAAGCCUCAGAGGAGAACAGAUCGGCCAAUGAGGGAGCGGCGGUGGUGGGGGCGGGUCCGUCCACGUCCAGCAGUGCAGAGUCUCCGUCUGCGUCUGUCAAGGCUGUCGAGGAUCUGUACACACACCUGUGUCACAUCGUGGACGGUCCUGAGGGGGCGUCGCUGGUGCAGAAGGCGUUACAUAAGGAGGCAGUGAAGGCCGUUCUGAACGGAGCAGCUGUUUUCUUCCCUGAUAAACACGUCAGGAGGGACAAACUCUUCCACAUGAUGAAAAACAUCACAGAGGAGGACCAACCGGAGUCUGUGAAGGUGACGUUUGAGUCUCUGUGUAAUUACUUCAGUGACCAGGAUCCCAGUGGUCUCCUGCUGCUUCCACCUAAAGGCGCCCCCUCUGACUUCGACAUCAGCCCCAUCCUGUCUGUGAUGGAGACACUGCUGCUGGUGGCAACCAGAGAGUGUGAGGUGCUGAUGGUGGAUGAGGGCGGCGGUGCCAGCCGCUCGGUGCUGCUGUCCUUGUUCUGGGCUCUGCAGGGCAGUAUGCUGUCCUGGUGUUACCUGCAGCUCAAAGGCGUGGCCUCCACCUCCACCACCAUGGACCUGGCCAGAGACAUCCUCCUCAAAUAUGUGGACCAGUUCCUGGCCCGGGUCCAGGCCGUCCUGGGUUCUCUUCUGGACCGGUACACCGGCGCUGAGAUCACAGACAAACUGGGCAGCUCCAUCCUGGCCACCGUCUUCAGACAAUUGAUGGUGUUCCUCCUGGAGCUUUGUUCCUUGGACAUCCCCCACAGCAUCCUCCUCAACAGCUUCUCCUCAUUGGUGGAGCUCCUCAGAAGUCUGUCUACUGACACCGGGGACAUCUUCUCUAAGGUGGAUCAGGAGAGCUGGAGCCAGGCCCAGCAGCCCGUGGUUCUGCGGACCUGGAACAUGGAGUCGCCUCACAACUACGAGAACAGCCGCCAUGAGACGUCCAUCUUCGCCUGCCCGGGGGCCACGUCCUUCGAGGUGGAGUUUGACGAACGCUGUGAGACAGAGAAAAGAUACGACUACCUGGAGUUCACUGAUUCCAGAGGAGGGAAGGUUCGCUAUGACAUGAAGGUCGGGACGGAGAAAUGGCCAAAGAAAGUGACGUUCGAUGCGGGUCCUCAGCUCCAGUUCCUGUUCCACUCCGACAGCAGCAAUAAUGAGUGGGGGUAUAAGUUCACAGUGACGGCGCUGGGGCUGCCCGACAUCACCAUCUCCUGGAUGUCCGACGUCCAGCUGCUCGUGGCUCGGCUCAUGGGACGUCUGGCCUCCAGGACCCUGGCCCUCAAAUCCCCUCAUGAGAUCCGCAGUGUGAAGGAGCUUCCAGCUGGAAAAAUGUCACAUGUUCAGUCUUCGCCACUAUGGAAACCCAUUCUGAGACACGGUUUGUGUGAAACCAGAGACGUGGAUCGAAGUAAACCCCCAUCAGACCAGACGAAGACGUGGACUCAUGAUGAGCUGUUGAACUUCCUGGAGGACUUUGCCCGUUGGAAUCCUUCCCAGGAACCGGUCGACAGUAGAGCAGAGCUGAUGAAGACGCUCAUGCAGUCCUGUAGAAAACAGCCAAUGAGGAAUGAGAUUGCAUCCGGGCCAAAGCCGGACCAGGCCGUUAAUGCCAUUUGGGCCGCCAUGGUUUACCACACCCCAGCCCUGAACCAGGCCCUCAGAGCCUACGUUAAUCAGGACUGUAAAUCCUGUCUGAGUGAAGACUUUGCACAUGUGUAUUCACUGGCUGACAGCAUCAGGACAUGGAUGUUGGAGAUGAAGCAGAGGUAUCUGGUUGGAAAAAUGAAUGUUCCAGAUGACAAGGAAGGAGGUGAUGAGGUCACAAUGGAGUCACUAGCUCAGAUGUGCAUUGAGAAGAGCCUGCUGCUGUUCAGGUUCUCUCCGUGUGGCGUCCCGUACCCAGACACCGACUCCUCCAGACCUGCAGAGGGCAGCACUGCUCCACUCCUGCGUUCCACUUCCAUCUCAGAUGGAGACUUCCAGCCCAGCUCCUCCCAGAAGCCCCCGGUCCAAGGGUCCGAGGACGGCGGCGAAGUGAAGGACGGGCAGAACCAGCCCUCAGGAGCCCAGCCCCAGAGCCAGCCCCAGAGCCAGCCCCAGAGCCAGCCCCAGCCCCAGCCCCAGCCCCAGUCCUCCUGCAUCCAUAGUAAACCAGGACACAGAGGGUCCACAGAGAGCCUGUCCUCUCAGCCCGGAGACCCCGCCUCCCCCUCCGCCUUCCCCCGUAAAGCGCCGUUCAGUCGAGCACGUCUGCGCCUCUUGUCGUGCCGCUCAAUAGAGGAGCCUCGCACGGCGCCGUCAGUCAAAGACCGCUACCCAAUCCUCAAACACAUCCUCAACUUCAUCAGAGACCAAGCUCUGACCACGUCGAGUAUUCUGCAGACGUUGUCUCUGAACAAAGCUCAGGCUCUGAGCGUGUGCAAAGUCCUGGAGAUGGUUCAGCAGUGUUUACGUUCCCUGGGAAAACCACAUCUGUUCCAGGCGCCCUGCAUUCUGUUCCUGCAGGAGCUGCUGGCGUGUCAGAAGGAUUUCACCAGUUACUUCUCCCAGCUGUCGGACAGUGGACAGACGCUCGGAGAGGACGUCAGGUCUUCAUACCAUCAGCUGGUCCUGAUGUUGGUGGAGGCCGUUCAGGGUUUCAACAGCCUCAACGAGAAAGCCCUGUUACCGGCGCUGUCCUGUGUCCAGACCUGCCUGUUGCACCUUCUGGAUAUGAACUGGGAGGUUCACGACCUUCUUCUCUUCGUAAAGAUCAAACUCCCUGACCUCCUGCUCAGCAUGUCCCAGGAGAACAUCAGUGUGCACGACAUCGCCAUCAGUCAGUGGACGGAGGAGGAUGAGAUCACAGACUAUAAGAAGAACCAGGAGUGGAUGGACGAGUGUAUGGACGGCAUGUUUGAGAAGUGGUACGACAAAAUCGAUGAGGAGGACUCGAUGGAGGACAGGAGGAAGAUGCACAUGUUCAUCGCCCGUUACUGCGACCUGCUCAACGUGGUCAUUUCCUGUGACGGCUGUGAGAGGAUGGCGCCGUGGCACCGGUACCGAUGUCUGCAGUGCAUGGACAUGGAUCUGUGCAAGACCUGCUUCCUGAGCGGAGCCAAACCCGAGGGUCACGAGGACGACCACGAGAUGGUGAACAUGGAGUACGCUUGCGACCACUGCCAAGGCCUCAUCGUCGGCAGCAGAAUCAACUGUAACGUGUGCGAAGACUUCGACCUGUGCUUCGGUUGUUACAACGCCAAGAAGUACCCUGACAGUCACCUGCCCACCCAUCGGAUCACCGUCUACCCCAUGGUGACCAUCCGGAUCAGCGACCGCCACCGCCUCAUCCAACCCUACAUUCAUAACUACUCGUGGCUGCUGUUCGCGGCGUUGGCGCUGUACACGUCGGACCUGAGCAGCGAGAAGCAGAUGGAAGGAGAUUCAUCGGACAGUGACGCUCUGGAGCUGGCAUCCGACCUUCAGACCCACUGUUCACAGCUCAUCACCGACUGUCUGCUCAAAGGGCAGCCCGGAAAAGGUCUGCGCUCGUCGGCUUUAAUCGCCCUUCUCUUGUCCAAUGAGUCGACCUCUGACAGUGACCUGGGUCCAGUUUCUCCGGCAUCGUCUCAGGAGUUCAGUACAACUGACACCUCGUCAUUCACUGGAAGCAACGCAGCCGUCUGUUCACCGUCCUCCCCCAGAGACAAGAAGAAACCACCUGGAAAAGAGAAGAAACCAAAGGAUGGGGGUUCUGCUGUCCAUGCUCCUGCAGACACCCCCGCCCCCCCAGCCUCUGCAGAGGCCGACAAAAGAAAACUGGUCCCCCAGGACACGCUGGACUCCCCCAGUCUGAGCCAGACCCCAUCUGUGUCUAGUGAGGACGCCCUGUCCCCGGUGGUCCGACAUUCAGAGUCCGGAGCGGGAACGGCCAACUCUCCUGCAUCUGAUGUCGUCAAGGAGACGGAGAGGCUUCCCCAGGUCCCACUUCAGGAGCAUGUGUUUUCAGAAUGUUCCAGAGAGAGGAUCCUGGGACUGUUGGCCGCCAUGUUACCUCCAGCCACACCACAUGCUUUGCGCACUCAUGGCUGCAGCCUGUCUCUGCCCAGUCUCAGCUCCAUCCUGCCUCAGCUGUUCAGGGCUGUCAUUUCCAAUGCCGGCUCCCUGAACGAGACCUUCCACCUGACCCUGGGGCUGCUGGGACAGCUCCUGCUGCGGAUCUCCCCCACUGAGGCCGACGCCGCCGUAACGGAGGCGCUGGCCGAUAAGUACGAGCUGCUGACACAAGGAGACGCUCCGGGUUCGGACACACAGGGAUGGAAGACGGUCCAGCUGCUGUUCAGCCUCGGAGCCGUUUGUCUGGACAGUCGUAUCGGUCUGGACUGGGCGUGCACCGUGGCAGAUAUCCUACACAGUCUGAACACCUGCCCUGAUUGGAGCGCUGUCAUCGCUGCCUUCACUGACCAUUGUAUUCAGCAGCUUCCAAACACUCUGAAACGCACCAACCUGUUUACACUGUUAGUGUUGGUGGGAUUCCCCGAGGUUCUGUGCGUUGGGACCCAGACGGUGUUUAUCGACAACGCCAACGAACAGCACAACAUGAUCCUGCUCAAACACUUCACAGAAAAGAACCACGCAGCUGUGGUUGAUGUGAAAACACGCAAGAGGAAAACAGUGAAGGACUAUCAGCUGAUCCAGUCCCAGGAUUCGACCACCGCCGGCCUCCCCAGGCAGACGGAGGGUUCUCCAAAAACACUGCUCAGUCGCUACCUUAGUAAUUUCACGUCCAUCAUCAGUCACCUCCUGCAGCUUAACCAGGACAAUGGCGCCGCCGACGCCGUGGAGGCCUCCUGGGUCCUGUCGCUGGCGCUCAAAGGCCUCUACAACACCCUGAAGAAACAUGGCGUGGCGGAGGCGCAGGAGGCCAUCCAACAGUCCGGACUGACCCAGCUGCUGGUCAGGAAGUGCAGUAAAGGGACGGGCUUCAGUAAACUGUGGCUCCUCAGGGACCUGGAGAUCCUGUCCAUCAUGCUCUACUCGUCCAAGAGGGAGAUCCACUCCAUGGCCCAGGACCCGGACCGGGACCAGAGGGAGCAGGAUAAGGAGCACGACUCGGACCAUUCCAGCUGCGGCGCCGACGAGACCGACGUCAACAAACCCGACCCGCUUGAAGGCCUGGACGAGGAGACCAAGAUCUGCUUCCAGAUCACCCACGAUGCCUUAAACGCUCCUCUGCCCAUCCUGAGAGCCAUGUACGAACUGCAGAUGAAGAGGACCGACUCCUUCUUCCUGGAGGUUCAGAAGAGAUUCGAUGGAGAGGAGAUAAAGACCGAUGAGACGAUCCGAACUCUGGCCCAGAAGUGGCAGCCGACCAGACGUCUGCGGUCCGAGGAGAGGAACACCAAGGCUGUGGACACCGACAUGAUCGUGGUGUCCUGUGUGUCCAAACCCAGUCACUGUGAAAAGGCUACAGAGGAACUCAACGUGGUGGCGCAGAAGCUCAUCACCAACUCGGAGAGCGACCUCCAGCUCAGCUACGCCAAACAGCGACGCACCAAGAGCUCGGCGCUGCUGCACAAAGAGCUGGACGUACGCAGCAACCGGGCCGUCCGCCAGUACCUGGUCAAGGUCAACCAGGCCAUCGCCACGCUCUACGCCCGCCACGUCCUGGCCUCGCUGCUCGCCGACUGGCCCGCGGAGACUGCACUGAGCGAGGAGGCGCUGGAACUGAGCGGAGCCUCCCACAUGGCCUACAUCCUGGACAUGCUGAUGCAGCUGGAGGAGAGGCCGCUGUGGGAGAAGAUCCUGCAGAGGGUGCUGAAGGGCUGCAGUCACAGUAUGCUGUGCAGUCUGUCUCUGACCGCCUGUCAGUUCAUGGAGGAGCCUGGGAUGGCGGUGCAGGUCCGAGAGUCCAAACACCCUUAUGACAACAACACUAAUUUCGAGGAUAAGGUUCACAUCCCUGGGGCCAUCUACCUGUCGGUGAAGUUCGACUCCCGCUGCUACACAGAGGAAGGCUGUGAUGAACUCAUCAUGUCCAGCAGCAGCGACUACCUCCAGGACGUCCACAACUUCAGCGGGUCUCCGCCCAAGUGGUCCGACUUCGAGAUCCCCGGUGACACCCUCUACUACAGAUUUCUGUCAGACAUGAGUAACACAGAGUGGGGCUACAAGUUCACAGUCACCGGAGGUCACAGAGGUCGAUUCCAGACAGGUUUUGAAAUCCUGAAGCAGAUGUUGGCCGACGACCAGGUGCUCAGUCACCUGCCGCUGUCCGACAUCUGGGAGUGGCAAGUGGGUGUGGCCUGCCGACAGACGGGGAACCAGCGACUCAAAGCCAUUCACUUGUUGCUCCGCCUCCUCCAGUGUCAGUCCGAAACAGCCUGUGAGCUGACGCUGCUUCGCCCUCUGUGGCAGCUCUUCAUGUCCAUGGAGAACAGCCUGAGUCAGGAUCCCACCAGUAUCACCGUCCUUCUGCCUCUGCACCGAGCACUCACUGAGCUCUUCUUCAUCGCAGAGGCUCGGGCCAUCACACAGGGCAUCCUGCAGGAGUAUCUCUUGGCCAUGACCACGGACGAGCAGCUCCUCAACCACACGACCAUGGCUCUGAAGAACAUCGCCGCCAUCAGCCUGGCCAUCAAUUACCCCAAUAAAUCCACCAGGUCACUCAACAUGUCCUCCUGAGAGGCUGAGGAGGACGGGAGGCGGAGCCUCCUGAAGGGGACACAUCCUGACCCCGCCUCCCCCACCUGCCAGAUCACUGAGUUCUUGUGGAGGGGGGGUGGGUGUAGGGGGGGGUGGGGGACUCCAAGAGCACUUUCCACACUAAUUCACCAUCCUUUUUGCCUUAGGUGAAUCCAGUAUAUGAGCAUGUGCAUUCACUGGAACAAACAGGAACUGCAGAAAGUUGAAUCCGAAGACGCCGCGCCACAGAAAAGGACUUGACGUGUGCCAAACCGACGACUUUCUUUUGGGUUUUUUGGCCUUAUUUUCCUCCUAAACAACAGUCGAUCACGGUGAAAACAGGUCACCUUGGCGACUGGAGCGUCUCGGCGGACACGUAGAGCAUCCUAAAAAUACAGUCCGGGACAGCGGAGCCUCAUUCGUCACCGCGGGGACGCAGCGCUGACCUACUCCAUACACUCCCUUAUUUCUUCCUACUCAUCCUUGGCGGCUCGCUGGUAUUUUUAGGGCUCUUUACUGAAGGUUAGGAUCAGAAAAAUCCGCAUCAGGACCUGAAGAGCGUGGGAUGGCGAAGGUUCGCAUCAGGACGGGGAUGAGGACGACUCAAUAGCCAUAGGAUGAGAGUUGACGUCCCAGCUGGGUGAAAACUGUGAUCAUUUAAUAUUCCAUCACAUUAUUUAUCACCAGUAUUUUCUCUAUUAUUAGUGAACGAUUAAAGGUUCGUAUGAUGUCAGGAACAGCAAAAAAAAACACACACACAAAAAAAAAAAAAAAAGUAGCCACGUGGAUGUUCUAU